UGUGUCAAUUGGCUCCAGAACAUUGUUCUCAUUUCUGGAUAAUCCUUGUAGCACAGCACCAUUCUCAGAUUCUACUGCAACUACAACAGAACCCCAAUAUCUCGAAAUUGAUAGUGUAUCUUGUUCAUUUUCUUCUAAUCUAUGGAUUCUGAAAAUGCGUUAGAGCUUGUCAAGCACGGUGUCACUCUUCUCUUCCUCGAUGUUCCUCAGUACACGAUGGUCGCCAUCGAUACUCAAAUGUUCUAUGUGGGGCCUGCUUUUAAGGGUAUUAAGAUGAUUCCUCCUGGCACUCAUUUUGUGUACUAUAGUUCAUCAAGCAGAGAUGGGAAAGAGUUCUCACCAAUUGUUGGAUUCUUCAUUGAUGCUGGUACUUCAGAGGUAAUUGUUCGUAAAUGGGACCAACAAGAAGAAAGGUUAGUUAAAGUUACUGAGGAAGAGGAAGAAAGAUACAGUCAAGCUGUUAAAAAUUUGGAAUUUGACAGACAACUUGGGCCUUACAAUCUUAGCCAUUAUGAAGAUUGGAAACGGUUAUCUAAUUUUAUCACAAAAAAUGUCAUUGAACGGCUUGAGCCAAUUGGAGGUGAAAUCACUGUUGAAUGUGAAAAUGAGAUUGUUAGAAACUCUACUAAAAUCCCAAUGGAAGAAGCACCAGAGAAGCAGUUGAAGGUUGGCAAUUCUGCAUCAUCUGUUGGCAAGUCUCAGAGGAAAGGAUGUUAUUAUACUUCAAUUCCACGUAUUGUUAAAUGCAAGGGUAUUAGUGGGCAGGAACUUACUUCUUUAAAUCUUGACAAGACACAAUUGUUAGAAACUUUACUGGCAAAAGAUUAUGGCGGUUCUGAAGACAUGCUUCUUGGAGAACUGCAGUUUACAUUUGUUGUCUUUUUGAUGGGUCAAUCGCUAGAAGCAUUUCUCCAAUGGAAGUCAUUAGUUAGCCUUUUGUUUGGCUGCACUGAAGCACCUUUCCGCACAAGAACUCAACUAUUUACAAAGUUCAUCAAAGUCAUCCAUAAUCAACUAAAAUACGGACUACAGAAAGAUCACAUGGGUGAAGCAGGAUCAGCACUGUUGGAUGAUUCUUUGAUUUCCGCUGAUAGCUUUUUGCACCAUGUUUCCAAGGACUUCUUUUCAUCGUUGCUAGAUGGGUCGGUUGUUGAUGGGGAUCUUUUAAAAUGGACAAGGAAAUUUAAGGAGCUGUUGGAGAGCAGUCUAGGGUGGGAGUUUCAGCUUGGCAGUGCUGUGGAUGGGAUAUAUUUUGAGGAAAAUGAUGAGUAUGCUCCUGUAGUUGAGAUGCUGGAUGAUGAAGCUCUAGUAAGUUAAAAAUCUUGAUAAUGUCUUCACUUGGCCAUAACAGAUACUAAAUCAUGAAUGUCAUGCCACUUUUGCAUUGCCCUUUGGCCAACUCACUCUCACAGCCAUGCCCUUCUCAUAGAUUGUACAGUAAGGCAUACCAAAGCUCCACCUUUGCAAACUAACUAUAAGAUCAUAUUACUGUAUUUCAAAUUUCAAUUGAGUUAAUAGUCAUGUUGGAUCUGAAGUAGAAAUUCAGUAACUUAUCUCUUUGAUGUGAUAGACUUUCAAUAACUUUGAAGGAGGUUGAUGUUUAUUAUUCAGAGCUGCUCAUAUUUGGGAUUUUUCUAGCUUUCAUAGAUAGGGCAUGCAUAGGAAACUUCUGGAUUUAUUUUGACUUGUUUGAGGAGUUGCUGAGUGGAGUAUUGGCCUUUGAAAUUGAGCCAAUGAGAUAAUCAGAAGCAGAUAAAUUAUUCUCCAUAUAUGACUUAAAAAAUAAGAAAGAACCACUAUUUUAUGUUGAA